GUGUACAACCUCACUCGCUCCCUCCAUCUUACAAGAUUCCUACAGUACUGCCAGCGCUCAUUGCCUCCCAACACCAGCGUCCUAUAUACCGAUCGAUAGACUUUUUGGGGUUUGUAGCUCACAAUGGCAACGACACCAGACGUAAAAGAGGAGAAGGAUGCGCUGGACGCGCUCGAGCUCGAGGCGAAGGAGUUUGACAAGGAUGCGGAAAUCGACAGAAUCCUCAAGGCCUUCCGGCUAGACGCCUACGCCGUCCUCGACCUGCAACCCGGUGUGCCCGAGUCGGACAUCAAGAUCACGUACCGUAAAAAGUCGCUGCUCAUCCACCCGGACAAGACCAAGAACCCGCUGGCGCCGGACGCCUUCGACCGGCUCAAGAAGGCUCAGACGGAGCUGAUGGACGAGAAGCACCGCGAGAGGCUCGACGAGGCCAUCGCAGACGCGCGCAUGCUGCUGAUCCGCGAGAACAAGUGGACCGUCGACAGCCCCGAGCUCAAGACGGACGAGUUCGCCAAGAAGUGGCGCGACAAGGCGCGUGAGGUGCUCAUCGACAACGAACACCGCCGCCGCCGACAGAUGAAAGCUCAGAUGCAGGAGGAGGGCCGCGAGCAGAAGAAGGAGGAGGAGGAGGUCGAGCAGCGCAAGCGCAAGAGGCAGCACGAGCAGGACUGGGAGGCCACACGGGACCAGCGCAUCAGCAGCUGGCGGGACUUCCAAAAGGGCAAGUCUGGUGACGGCAAGAAGAAGAAGAAGAUGAAGCCCAUUGGCUGAGGCUAAGCGGGGUCUGGGACGACGGACAUGGUACUUGUGUGAGGCUUGUGGGUUUGUUUUGCGAUUCCCCCCCUUCUACAGGCAGCAGAAGGUGUUUAUCUUGGAGCCUGGGGAGAAUAUCUCUUGUCAUAACUCGACAGGUCUCGACUACUACGGAUUAUUCCCGGCCACGCAUGCACAGCAGCAGCAGCAGCAGCAUGGGUUUUAUAUCAAAAAGAGCCAGUGAGUUUGAUAUUGAACACCGCGGUUAUGUCCCUAACUAUGUUAGAAGUGUAAUGCUCAUGUCCCCCCACCUCCCUCCCCUCUC